AUGUCUGAAUUUAUCCAGAGACUAAUCGACUUAGGGGCAAAUGUCUAUGGAAUAGAUCGCUCAGGAAACACCAUUCUUCACGGGCUUGUUAGCUUGAACAACAGUGAGAGCGAGUGGUGGCAGCUGGGGAAUCGUGCCAAGAAGAUUGUUGGGCUCGGUGUGCCUGUUCACUUGGUAAAUCACCAAGGGCGAACUGCAUUGCAUCUUGCGGCGAGAAAUAGAUCGGCAGUACGCCAAAAGGAGGAAUUUGAAGACGGCGGCCUGGGUUUCCUCCUUGGGCCAUCUGUAAAAAUUGACCCCAACAUUCGUGAUAAUGAGGGACGUACUGCUUUGCAUUUUGCAUCAGCAGCGUCGGACAUUUAUGCUUCCACAUUGAUUCAACACGGCGCUGACAUUUGGGUCAAAGACCACCACAAUCGCACACCUUUGCAUUUUGCUGCUCAAGCAGGCCAAAGCAACGUUGUCGGCCUACUUCUUGAACAUUAUGAAAAAGAACGAAAAUUAGUGGAUGAAUCAUGUCUCAAAAAACGAUCAGCAUUGCACGAAGCUUGUCGAACUGGAUGCCAAGAAACGGUCCAGUUGUUGCUUGAUGCUGGUGCCAAUCCACGGCUUCAAGAUCGAGAUGGACGGACACCAUUGCACGCAGCUGCAGAGUUUACAUAUCUGACCACUGCCCGUGCGAAGCAAUCCCAAUAUGAUUCAAUAGAUUCUGGUUUCAAGAAGUCAACAGUUGAACUGAACAGCUGGGAUGCAGUUUCCCAGAAGCAAGUUCCCGCAGGAAAUAAUUACAAGAAUUAUGGAGACUUGUACAGAGAUAUACGACAAGUUGUUGUAUUGCUGAUUGCCGCCGGAGCAAACCCGCACUCAACGGAUAAAAAUGGUCACACGGCCUCUAAUGUUGCCACAAUGCUCGGGUGCUUUCCUGUUUCUGAUGAACUGAAUCACGUUGUUCAUUGUGAAUCAAAUCCCUCGGCAAAUUUACGUGAGCUUCAAUUGAGUCCCCUCGUCACCUGGAGCCACAAGACUCUUGAGUCAAUAACAGUGCCUGAGGACCAUGUCCCAUUCUUGAAAAAUGUUGUUUCAACAGGCGAUGGACGUCUACUUGAGGGGAUUUUACGCAUCAAUCAACUUAAGCUUACUGGUAAAGAUGGGGAGGAAAUAUUGUCCCUUGUUGCACACUGGGGUCUAGCAUCAAUGAUGGAACGACUGAUCCCUUACGUGGAGAACUUCACUUACAUGAUCUGCCCACUUUUGGAAAUUGCAAUCAGGCGAGAAUUAUGCAAUAUUCAGAUAGUGAGAGUGCUUGCCAAAGAGAUACGUGACAUGGAAGAUAAAUCUCCUCUUGUGUCCCCAAUGAGACUUUUGGCGAAAGGCGAACAUUGGUGGUACCCUCAAGCACUUUCUGUUCUUCUAGAUGCAGGCGCAGACUCAAAUGCUGGCGGUUAUAAACCCACCCUUGUGCAAAUGUGUUUAGACACGAAGGGCGGCAUGAUUUUGCACGAAAAAUGGUUCGUUUGGCGCUAUAAGUCACUUGAGAUUUUGUUGAAGAAUGGGUCGGAUCCUAAUGCAUUGGAAGCCGCUUUCAAGACCAAAAGGGACCUGAAGGUGCUAAAAUUGCUUAUUGAACAUGGGGCUUCCCUGGAAGCUAAUUCAAAAUUGUUUCUUCUCGCGGCAAUUGGUCAAACUCGGAGUCUCGAUUUUGCAGCUAUCGAGUUCCUCUUAGAGUCGGGCGCCGACCCGAAUGGUACCGAUUCCAAGCGCCCUCUCUUUGAAGCUGCGAGUAGUGGUCCUGAGCGACUUGUGGAACUUCUCUUGAAGCACGGAGCUGAUCCGCAGAGACCAAUGAGAGAUGGCUCAUCUACUGUAUUGCAUGAGAUUUGUGGUGUCGACGGCAUAAUAAAGCCCAUUCUGGCAAUGGGUACUGAUCUCAAUUCCCUCGAUGCCCAAGGAAGAACACCAGUCAUGAGAGCUUGCACGAGCAACCGAGCUUCAAAUUCACGACCUCUCGAUGCUGUGAUUUUGAUCCAGGCGGGUGUCUGUAUUGACUCUGUUGACAGCGCAGGGUUGAGUGCCUUACAUCACGCCGCGCAGUCUGGAAACUCACAAGCCGUCAAAGAGCUCCUCAAGCGCUCUGUCAAACUGUCCUCGUUGGAUUUCGCCGGCUUCACACCCCUAUCCUAUGCCUUAAGUGGUUAUGCCUUGCAACGAUUCGAAGAAGAAUCUCAUAUUAGACCUCAGUUCCAUGCAACUAUCGAAGCUCUGCUAGAUGCUGGCGCAGAUCCGCACGAUGUUCUACCGGACGGUCGAAUGGGACUUCAUUGUGUAGCUGAGCCCCUGAUGAAUUAUAGCAAUGAGAACAGAGAGAACCAAAUCAGAGAUGAUUUUGGUGAAGAUCAUUUCAGUGCAGCCUCUAGGCUCUACCAGCGCUUUGUGGAGGCUGGGUGUGACCCAGAACACCGGGACAACAAGGGCAGGGCACCAAUCUUUUAUUUUGUUGCUGCGGACAAAUCCUAUGUUGGUCCCACAUAUGAAUAUGGAAAUGAAUCUCCUUUCAACCCUGAUGACUGCUGCAAGAUGUUCGCUGAACAUGAUAUCCAAAAAAUCGACCAUGACGGGGACAACCUUCUUCAUGUCCUUGCCCGACGAGAGGAAGGCUGUUGUGAUAGCGAAGACCAUGUUGUGAAGCUGUUUUCAAUGCUGGUAAAUAUGGGCUUAAAUCCACGACAAGAGAACAAAAUUGGGCAAACACCUCUCGACAUUGCAGCAACCCAUGACAAACCUGAAAUCCUGGCUUUGUUUGCUCGAGAGGAUUAG